GGUUUGGAAGCAAGCAUCUUUACCCUCUGAGCCACCCCGCAGCCCAAGGGACUGGUGGUUUUUUUUAAAACAUUUUUGUUCCAGGUGGAGAGGUUUAAUGAGAGAAGAAGAGUAGAAGAAAGGAGGAACAAAGGAAACCAGCCAUGGGCAUGUGGAGGAAAGGGGGGAUGGGGAGAAAAGGGACAGGGACAGAGGGGAAGAAAGCAGAGAAGCAAGAGCAAGAGCUAAUCAUUUUCCUUAAUCAUGAAUGAUGUCAUUCUUAGGGAUGGAGAAAUGGCUCAGGUGUUCUCUUCCUAACCUCGAUAUGCCAGCUAGAGGCUGCAUGUAACUCCAGUUCCAGGGGAUCUGUUGCAUUCUUCUGGCCUCUGUGGGUUCCUGUGUGCCCAUACAAACCCAGGCACGCACACAUAUGCACGGAAUAAAAGAACACUAAACAGUCACUUUUAUUUAUCUAGCCUUUGGUGGGAGAGCUUCACCGGAGUGCUUCCCCACAGGUCUGAUGGGCUCACAAGUCCCCUGCACGCUCAGGGUUCAGAUUGUUUAUCUCUAACAUCGCUUGCUCAAUUUUCUUGAGAGCCGCAGGUGGUUAGGGCUUGCAUUUGCUCUAUUUUUGCCUUGCUGUGCAGGAAGUGGGUGGUUGGGAGGGCAGAUGCAUCUUAGAACUGAAGAACGCCUUGUAAAUAUUUUCCUACUUCUUUGUUGUUAAUUAUGGGAUGUUUAAUAUAAAAUAUACAUUCCCCCCAUGGCUCAUUGAACUUGGCAAGAGCUGUUUGGGCUAGACUGGGUGGCUAGCCAGCUCCGUGGAUUUCUUCCCUGUGGCCUCUUUCACGGUUCCUGAGGUCACAAGUGUAUAUCUGCCUGGCAUUUGCAUGAGUCCCCGGGACCUAAAUUUAGGUACUUUACCCACUAAGCCCUGUAAGGCAAGCAGUCCACCAAGUGACCUGCAUUUACAGCCCUGAGGAUACUAAUUUAUUCAUUCCAUCUCUGUCUUGUCCUCCCACCAGACCUCUGGACUCUUGUUUCUCCUAUCACCCUGAACAACUUUGGGUGCUACAUCUGCCGCUCCAGCGGUGGGCGCUUGCACCACCACCUCCUUGGGACAGUCAUCUUAAGCCUUGUCAUUCUCUUCCCAGCCUUUCCCUCUUUCCACACGCUCCUUGCUUUUGGAGUCUGUGAUUUGCCGCGUGGCACUUAACUGCGGAAUCUCAGUUUUCUCCUCUUAAAAACAGGACUACUAUUAUUCACAGGAUUGUUUUAAGGAACGCUGGGAGUGGUGGUACAUGCCUUAAAUCCAGCACUCGGAGAACAGAAACAGGCUGAUCUUCAUGAGUUCGAGGCCAGUCUGGUCUACAUGAGUUGCGGGACAGCCAGGGCUGCGUAACCAAUCACCGUUCCGGAGCAUGGCGCGAAUCGCCUCUGGAGAAUCUUGCACUUGUCUGGGUCCCUGCACUGAGCAUCUCGACUUGCAAUCAACCCCUUUCCGAGCUUCGAAAGAAGGAUCCCUUGUCAUCCUUAUCCCACAGCCUUAAAUCCUCUCACCCAAACCGGCUGAUCGGCGGGAACCGGAAGUGUGCACCAGGGACGGGUCCCAGUGAACUCCGCCGGAAGUAGUGAUUGCUAGGGGAUUCCCUUCGCUCAGCAUGGCGGCGAUCCCCCCAGACACUUGGCAGCCGCCCAACGUCUACCUGGAGACUAGCAUGGGAAUCAUUGUGCUGGAGCUGUACUGGAAGCACGCUCCAAAGACCUGCAAGAACUUCGCGGAGCUGGCUCGGAGGGGCUACUACAACGGCACCAAGUUCCACAGGAUCAUCAAGGACUUCAUGAUCCAAGGCGGAGACCCGACAGGCACAGGUCGAGGUGGCGCCUCUAUUUAUGGCAAACAGUUUGAAGAUGAGCUUCAUCCAGACCUGAAGUUCACUGGGGCUGGGAUUCUUGCAAUGGCCAAUGCAGGACCAGACACCAACGGCAGCCAGUUCUUCGUGACCUUGGCCCCCACACAAUGGCUGGACGGCAAACAUACCAUUUUUGGCCGCGUGUGCCAGGGCAUAGGGAUGGUGAAUCGAGUGGGCAUGGUGGAAACAAACUCCCAGGACCGGCCUGUGGAUGACGUGAAGAUCCUGAAGGCUUACCCUUCUGGGUAGACGGAGUGCUGUCUCCAGUCCACCCCGGUCCUAGUGAGCUGUUGUCCGGAUGACAUGGGGGGCCGCGUGACUCAGCGUCACACAUACCUACUCUGAACCAGAGGGGUUGUCUCUGGGGACAUUUGUAUUCCGGCCGACAGUUACAGACUUGAACAGCAGGCGCGUUGAUGAGCGGGUUAACUGCGUAGCCUCCAGCGUGCGUUCUCCAGGAAUGUGAACAGCUCUCUCUCUCUGUCUCAGAGCCUCUGCUUCUGACACUGAACAUCCCACGCAAAGCCGCAUUGAAUUGUUGCCAAAUGAAAAAUGCAUCCAACAAUCAAGUCGCUAAGAAGGUGUCAAGUGGGGAAUGAUAAUGUGGAGUGAUCGGGAUGGUUGGAAGCAGAAGCGCUGGCCAUUUUUCCUCCGGGAGGGAGUGGGAGUCUAGUGAGUACAAGGCCAGGCCUUCAGGGCCUCCCCACGGGAAGUGACACUUUUUAGGGCUUUAGAGAAAAUAGGUAAGAGGUUUUUAUGUCUUUUUUUUUUUUAACUCUUUCUGGAUUUGAAGGGGUAGGGUAAGAAGAAAGGUGUUAAUGCCUAUGUAAUACACAGAAACUUCCAGAAUAAAACAUCAUUGGUAGAUGAAA